AUGAGGUUCUUAGUGUUGGUAGCUGCGGCUACUGUCGUGGGUGCAACUCCCGUUAAACGCCAACAACCACAAAGCAACCCAAUCCUCCAUUUCUUCGUGUUCGGCGACUCGUACUCCUCCUCCGGCUUCAACGAAACCAGCCCAGCACCCAGCAUCUCGCAACCCCUAGGCUUCCCACCCCUCGGCACCUCACCGGAUGAUUUACUAGGAAACCCACUCAUCGCCAACCAAACUUCCUCCAACGGGCCCAACUGGGUCGAGUUCCUCACAGCAAGAUGGAACACGACCACAACACUGACGUACGACUUUGCGAUUUCCGGCGCGAGCAUUCCAGAUGGUUAUACAGACCAAGCGCUGAACAUCUACGAGCCGAAAUACUCCUCUCUCUACGCGGGGGACUACGGGAAUACCUCCAGCCAAAUCCCCAUCUCGAACCAAUCUUCCAGCGGCAGCGGCGGAGAGACUCUCGGCAUGACCUGGACAAGCAACACCUCCAUCUUCGCCUCCUGGGUCGGCAUCAACGACAUCAACUGGUGCUCCCUCCUCUUCACCACGACCCCCGACGUCCCCUUCUCGGAAUGCCUCCCACCCCGCCUGGACGCCUACUUCAACCUCAUGGACAACCUCUACAUAACCGGCGCGCGCAACUUCUUCUUCAUAAACCUCCCCCCGCUCCAACGCGCGCCCAUGGUCUUCGAAAAAGGCCAGAAAAUCAUCGACAACUACGCCCAAGGCGUCGCCCUCUGGAACCAGAACCUCUUCCCGGCCUACGUGCGGAAUUUCACGGCGCAGCACCCGGGAAGUCGCGCGGUGGUUUACGACGCGCAUAGUGCGUUCAGCACGAUUCUGGAUCAUCCGCGGUAUUAUGGGUUCAGGGAUAGUACGUGCUAUAGUUGCAUUGGGUGUCGCAAUGUGACGGGGUGCUUUUGGAGUAAUAAUUAUCAUCCGGUGUGGCAGGUGCAUGAUCGGUUGUCGAGGGAUAUGGUGGCGAAUUUGACGGCGGUGGGGUGGCCGGUUCAGCAGCCUGUUAGUUGA